AUGGAGAGAGAUCCGCCGGAAGAGAGAAAGAGAGCUGCAAUAAAGAAAGGGAGGAGAGGAGAGCGGCGCAGCCGCUACGAGCUAGUCGCCGCGGAGCCCAUCACCCUGCCGUCGUGGAGGAACGUCCCUGUCAACGCGAGCUGUCGCCAUCGCCGACCAAAACCCAUCGUCGUCGCCGUUUCCUGCGCCAUCAUCACGCCCAGCCUUGCCGCCAAGUCGCCGCGCAGUCGCACCAAGGGAGAACGCUUGCAGGAAGAGAGAAGACAUCGCCGAGGAUCCCGUCGCCAUCAGAUCUGUCGCACCGCCGUUGAGGGAGCUCGUCACCGCCGUGCUUCCAUCAACACCGUGGAUCUGCUCCAUCGCCGAACUGAGCUAUGGAUGAAGGGUCAGAACGCGACGGGAAAGGGAGACACCUUCUGCCACUGUCUCGCCGCCAGAGCCGUGUCACCGUCGCAAACCACCGCCGUUCUGGUUGCCGGAAGCCGCCGCCGAGCCUUUGCCUUCUUGGGUUGAGUUCCGAUGAUUUCAUAUCAAAAUUAAGGUUGCCGUUGGAUCAUCGGAGUUUCUGGCCACUGUCGGAGCUGCCACCGGGUCAGCUCGGGAUUGCGGCUGCUCCGUUUGCUGUUACCGUAAGUA